AUGAAGCCGCCCAUUGUCGCAGGACUGCAGAAGCAGCAGCUCCUGUUGCUGCUGCUGCUGUUGCUGCUACUGCCGUUGCUGGCUCAGCCAAUCACGGCGACCGGUCGACAGGAGGCGACGCAGCGGCAUCCGCUGCCCGCAGUGGACACAACAACAGCAGCAGCAGCAACAACAAGCUCAACCUCAGGCACCUCAUCAACCGGGACCAUCACCGGUCCCAUCAACGACGACGCCGCCGCCGCCGCUGCCAUCAACCGCUGCCGCGAAGGCUGCCAGGUCGCGCAGUGUUGGAACCGCUGUCCUCCAGGUCUGGUACCGGUCCCGGCCGCCUGCCAGCUGCACCUCACCGUCCAGCGGCUGGUACGCAACGAGUCACUGGUGCUGGCCAGGAUCGGUUGGAGCUGGCGGCCCGACGGCGGGCGUUGCGAUGCCACCGGCCGGCCCGGCCGCGACGACCAGUGUCUGGUGACGUGGGAGGUAUCGGGGGGUGGCCUGAUGGGCAAUCUGCUGACCGAGGCCACCAGCAACGCCGAACUCUCGCUCUGGACCGACACCAGCUAUCGCGUGCAGGUCACCUGCCGUGACAAGCACACUAGUUCCUUGGUGCGAUCGGCAGCGGCCCUCGAGCUCAACACGUCAACAGCGGUGACCCCCACCGCCCGACCGCCCCGUGACCCCCAGCCUGGCUGGCUCACCGAGAUCGCCGAGGGUGACGACGAUGAGUCACUGGCGGCCGCGAUCGACGCAUCGCAUCGACUGCACCGCCGUCCACCGCCGUCUGCGGUGAGGGCAGGUGCAGGGGCAGAGGCAGGGGGAAGCUCCCGGGAGCUCCUUCUGCUGGCCGGCUUCGUCGCGCUGCUGCUCCUCCUGCUGCUCGCAUCAUCGGUACUGGUGGUUCGGUGGCGACCCGGUGGCACUACCGGUGGUGACCCGGGAGCACUGCGGGACGUGCUCGUCGAGAACGAGCUGCUGGUGGACAUUCUGCACAAAGAUAGUAGCCCGUUGGCGCCGAACCAGUCAGUCGACACAGAAGUCAGCAGCAGAAGCAGCUCAUCAUCGUCAUCAUCAUCAACAGCAGCAGCAGCAGCAUAA